AUGAACGGUGUCAAGAAUAUGCAGGACAACUUUCGCAAUCCCAACGAUUUAGUUAGCCAGAUCGAGCAGCUCACUAAAAAGACGGCAGUGAUACCAAGUUUGGAGCAUCAACUGCAUGCUUUGAAGCAUCGAGAGAAAGUUUUCCGUCGGCAAUCAGCUAUUUUUCAAUCUGCUUCUAGUCUCGAUGUAUCGAACGCGAAAACAGACCACGAAACGGUUUCAAAACUAACUGUUGAAUUGGAAAGAGUCAGAUCUGAAUUGGAACGAACAACUGAAAUGAAUAUGGCCCAAAAAGAAGAGAUCAAAAGACAAAACAAGAAGAUUCUGGAAUUGAGUACUAAACCACAGAAACUGGUAGCUAUUUUCCAAGAAGAAAUGCAGAAAAAGGAUGAGUUGAUUCGAAAACUCAAUGAUGAAGUCGUUGAUCUUCGUGGCCAAAUCCGAGUGGUUAUUCGUGUCCGUGACUUCAAAAAGGAUCCAUCUUUCAACUUCCAAAUAACUAGCCAGAAUGAAGUCAAGUUUCAGCAGAACAAUUUCUCAAAUGUUUUCGCAUUUGAAAAUGUCUUCCAACCUGGUGCAAAUCAACCAGAAGUGUUCGAUGAUAUCAAAGAACUCAUUCUGUGUGCUCUUCAUGGAAAGAAUGUGAGCUUGAUCGCUUAUGGUCCAACGUCAAGUGGAAAGACCUACACCAUGAGAGGAGAGUCAGGUGAUGAGAAAAAAGGAGUCAUUCCACGUGCCAUACAGUUCCUGCUGGAACAGUCUAUGAAAGAACUGGCUGUAAUUGGUUGGACUUACAACUUCGAUGCGAGUUUCAUUGAAGUAUACAACGAGGAAGUUUUCGAUUUAUUGGAUGAUAAGAAGAAGUUGGAGAUGAAACAGACUACUACAGUUGGCUCGAAGAAAAUUCCAAUCAAUGAUAUGGCAGAUGUGACCGACCUUCUUGAAUUAGCCGACUCUCAAAGAUCCGUAGCUACUACAGCUUGCAACCAACACUCUUCUCGCUCUCAUGCCAUUUUCCAAAUUAAUAUUGACGGAGUUCACAAAUCUGGAGAAACCGUCAAGUGUUGCCUGAACUUAGUGGAUCUAGCUGGUUCGGAGCGAGCAAAAGAGUCUGGAGCACAAGGAAAACAGUUCACCGAACUAACAAAGAUCAAUCAGAGCUUGAGCACUUUGAAAAAAUGUAUUCGUGCUCAGAAGACAAAAAUGCCACAUGUCCCCUGGCGCGAGAGCAAGCUGACCAUUUUGCUUCGUGAUUAUUUGGGUGCUGGAUCUUCGAAGACUAUGUUCAUAGCUCAUGUCAACCCAAGUGACGCCUCGGAAACAAAAAGAACCUUGGAAUUCACAGCCGAUCUCCGUUCCACCAACAUAGGAAAAGCCACCGUUCAAACUGGACAAUGA